GGCGCGCAGCUCGGCGGGAGGCGGGCGCCCGGAGACGCGGCUGUGGCCCGCGCGGCCGGGGCGCCGUCCCAGGGCAGAGCUGCCCGGCCCCGGCCCCGGGCCGCCCGCGCUCCCCAUGAAAAACCAGCUCCGCGGCCCCCCAGCGCGGGCGCACAUGUCGGCCUCGGGGGCGUCGGCGGCUGGGGGCACCGGGGCGGGGUCGGAGCCCGGUGCAGGGUCCGGGUCUGGCGCCGGCACUGGGGCGGGCGCGGCGACGGGUGCGGGGGCCAUGCCCUGCAAGAGCGCCGAGUGGCUGCAGGAGGAGCUGGAGGCGCGCGGCGGCGCGUCCCUGCUGCUGCUCGACUGCCGGCCACACGAGCUGUUCGAGUCGUCGCACAUCGAGACGGCCAUCAACCUGGCCAUCCCGGGUCUCAUGCUGCGCCGCCUGCGCAAGGGCAACCUGCCCAUCCGCUCCAUCAUCCCCAACCACGCCGACAAGGAGCGCUUCGCCACGCGCUGCAAGGCGGCCACCGUGCUGCUCUACGACGAGGCCACGGCCGAGUGGCAGCCAGAGCCUGGCGCUCCCGCCUCGGUGCUUGGUCUGCUUCUGCAAAAGCUGCGCGACGACGGCUGCCAGGCCUACUACCUCCAAGGUGGUUUCAACAAGUUCCAGACAGAGUACUCGGAGCACUGCGAGACCAAUGUGGACAGCUCGUGCUCCCCAAGUGGCUCGCCACCCACCUCAGUGCUAGGCCUGGGGGGCCUGCGCAUCAGCUCUGACUGCUCGGACGGUGAGUCAGACCGAGAGUUGCCCAGCAGUGCCACCGAGUCGGACGGCAGCCCUGUGCCAUCCAGCCAACCGGCCUUCCCCGUCCAGAUCCUGCCCUACCUCUACCUCGGCUGCGCCAAGGACUCCACCAACCUGGACGUGCUCGGCAAGUACGGCAUCAAGUAUAUCCUCAACGUCACGCCCAACCUGCCCAAUGCCUUCGAGCACGGUGGCGAGUUCACCUACAAGCAGAUCCCCAUCUCUGACCACUGGAGCCAGAACCUCUCCCAGUUCUUCCCUGAGGCCAUCAGCUUCAUUGACGAGGCCCGCUCCAAGAAGUGUGGUGUCCUGGUGCACUGCCUGGCAGGCAUCAGCCGCUCGGUGACGGUCACUGUGGCCUACCUGAUGCAGAAGAUGAACCUGUCACUCAAUGACGCCUACGACUUUGUCAAGAGGAAAAAGUCCAACAUCUCGCCCAACUUCAACUUUAUGGGUCAGCUGCUGGACUUCGAGCGGACGCUGGGGCUGAGCAGCCCAUGCGACAACCACACGCCCAGCGAGCAGCUCUAUUUCUCCACGCCCACCAACCACAACCUGUUCCCACUCAACACGCUGGAGUCCACGUGAGGCCGGGGGCACAGGCGGGCCGGGUGCCAGCCCCUCCCUGAUCCUUCACAGGGCCAGGUGGGAGGGCCCAUGCCUGCUGCAUCUGGCCUGAGGAACCUGGACAUCGCCUGUGCCCAGAGGCCCAGGCUGAUGGCUGGCCAAACUUCCCUCACCAUCCUGGGGAGGGCGGAGCCCACAGCAAGCCCGCUCUCUGCAGAACUUUCUGGAGAGUCCACUCGAAGUCUGAGGCCCUUGGCUCUCAGACACAUGGCUUUGGGAGUCCAACAGGGCCUCAUCCUUGGCCUAGGGCACUCCUUUCUGUUGAUGGCCCAGCCAGUCUGGCUGUUUUUUAAAGACACAUCCACGGACCUGAGUUUACUUUUUACUUUUGGCAGGUAAAUCCGAGCUCCUUGGAGCACAGAGAGUGUUCAAGCUCUUCUUGAUUUUUCUUUUUUUAAUGAAAAGUGUUAUUUUCAGGCUACAUGCAACGGUGGAUUGUAUAAACCAGUAUUUCAUCCCUUUCUUGAUCCUGCGAGAGAGAGAGAAGUGUUCUCCGUUUUGUUUUUCUUUCUAUUUCAAAAAGCAAUUAUUGGUUUUUUGGUUUUUAUUUUUUAACGGAAAAGACAAACCCCGUGUUGAUCUUGACCAAAUGCGUUUUGCACAUGUGUGAAGCCUCCGUUUCUGCAGCGGGCCCUUCUUGAAGGGGUGGCUUGCAGCUCUUUUAGCGUCGGACCCCCAGUUGUGCCCACAUCUCCCACCUUGGCACAGCCCGACUUGGCUCUGCAUUUGCCGGCAAUGACUGCUGCAAGUUGUGGUUGGUGGGCUGGACGGGUGGCCUUUUCAUUCUCUGCCGUCCCACCUGCCCCUCCAGUGGGGCCACGGGAGACUGCCAGGCAGUAGCAUUAGCCCUCUGGGCUCGGCCCUUCACAGGGCCUGGGCCCCGGGCCCUUUUCUGUAUGUACCCACUACUUCUGUCUCUUUCUCUCUCUCUCUGUCUGUAACUGAGAGUGGAGGCCCAGUGGCUGGGGAAGCUUAGGCCCAGCACUGCCUCCCAGGUUUCUGUCCCUCACCCUGGCUGUUGCUUUGGUUCAGCUGCCGCUCCUAGCCCCUCUGUCCCCUGGAAGCCUGCCCUGUGCUCAUCUUGCCCAUCUACUACCAGGAAACUCGCAUUCAUUUCAGUUCCAGGGCAGGGGUAGCGGGGAGGUGAUGGGGGUUGGCAGCAAGGCUGGGCAAGUGAAGGGAUGUGAGACUCUGUCCACUCCUACCCCACCCCACCCCUAGUAUCCACAGAACAAAGCCACGGAUUCCGUUAUCCUCCUCCUGUUUUGUUCCUUCUCCAACCUCAGUUCUGCCAGGUGUCAGGACUGCAUGGGGGCCGGGGAGGGGUGAGCGGUCGGGCAGGGGUCCCUGAGCGAGCCAGCACUCGGCAUGCAAGCAAGGCCACGGAAACUCUGCCCCCACUGCAUCUUACCUCACAGGGGUUGUUUUCAGGGAUUCUUUAAGGCAGCAGAUUAAAAUCUUGCCACAGUUGAGAAAUUGACAAAAAGCUUCCAUGCUGUACAUGGUUCUUUGUCUUUUUUACUUUUAAAAAGAAAAACCCAGAAAGAUGCAUCAGAUUUGUGUAAAUGAGGGUAUGCCAAGAGGGUGGCCAGUUUUGCUUUAUGAUCUUAUGAAGGAAAAUUUGUGACCCUACAUAUAUAUAUAUAUAUAUAUAUAUACACACACACAUACAUAUAUAUAUCCCGAACCAACAGCGGGACUUUGUUUAUAUUGCAAAUAAAUAUUAUUUUUUCUUUAAA